AUGUUUCAGAUAACAUAAAAAAAGAUUAGCUCCACCUUUACCAGCUGCAACGUUAAUGUGAUGUACACAUUAAUGCAAAAUAUUAUAAGAUACGUUAUUCUGAAAUGUGCCAUUCUGCAUAAUGCCUGAUUAGAAGUUUUGGAUGACAGAUACUCCAAAUCACUUCAACGUCCCACCAAAUUUAGUUGAAACCUGUUUCUUCGAUAACCUGCUAAUUUAGAAACAGACAAAUAAAACAGGACAAAAACAAACAACCAUGUAGCUUUUUCCCUGAAUACAAAACUCUCAGACUCUUUAACGUUUAAUGUCCUAAUUCACUUCAUUGUCCCUCCUCCCACAUGCCUUUCUCACUUACCUGAACAAACUUACAACCCAUUUUCUGAAACCCUCCCUCCAAUUUCCUCUCACUUCCCUGAGCAACAAUCCCUCCACCUUGGAUUUCCCCACCAAACAAUUUAAACAUUCAGUCUUUUCUGGGGCACAGCCAGAAUUUAGGUGGGGGAAAAAACUCUAGCAAACAGAAGGCUGCAUACUUUCCGGCAGGACUUUAUGCAAGAAGCAGAGAGUGGCCUUGUUGAGGGGCCUCUUUCAGCUGCAUCUGACAUAGACAUUUGGCAAGAAAAGCCUCUAGGCUCCAGGCUACAGCUCUGGGCCUCAGUUUCUUUUCAGUCACUUUUUCCCCAGAUAUGUCAGUUUUUGUUGUCUAUCAUCAAUUUUCUCCAGUGGUGCAUAGUCAGCCUUUAGUGUCCUUUGGCCUAUAAGUGUUCCCUUCUUUGACUAAAUAAACAGUCUCUCACAGGCCUAUGCUACUUAAAAAGAAAUAGAUGUGGAACACAAUAAGUUUAUCAAGUCAAAAUGAAGUCUUCAGCAACUUCCUGGAACUUGGAAACCCUCUCUGCUGUUUGUUGGAUUCAGCCUCUUACCAGAUCUUCACCGUCACUGCCUCCCUUUCCUCUGACAGGCAGUCAAUAUUCCUCCAGGCUCCCACCCCACCUCUCACAUACUCACCUCUCCCUCCUCCACAUUACUCAUAUCUCUCAACAAAUUCAGACACAGAGCUGAAGAUGUCCUGGACGUAUGCAACCCUCCUGGGUCUCCUCGCUGUGCUUCUGGCACUUUCCUUGUCUACAGAGGCAGACACUGCAGCUGUGCCCAACAGCACAGGCAGAGCUAAAGAUCCACAAGGUCCACUGAAGAAGAUCUUCAUGAAGGAGGCAGAUGCAUCAAACUUCUUCAGAAGACGCAGCAGACGGGCCUCAAAGUCUCAGGAUGAGAUUAACGCUGAGCAGAGGCAGAUUCUGGCUGCAGAUGAACGAAAGAGAGAGUUCCACGAGGAGAAGAGGAACAAGUUUGAGAGCUAUGCUGAAGAGGAGCAUGAUGAACAAAACGAGAAGACCAGAGAGAGCACCGAGCAGUGGAGGGAGUUUCACUACGACGGGAUGCAUCCUCCUCACGAGUACAACCGCCAGUCCAUCUGAGACUGGAGGGCAGUGGAGGAGAGAGGGGAUGCUGUAAAACAUCUUUAACCACACAACGAGGCCUUUCUCCUCUCACCUUGACACUUAUAUAGUAGAGAUAACAGCUACAGAAUGACAUUUUCAGCUUGUUUCAACCCUUGUGUUGUUGAUUUUGGCUUUAGUUCCUAUGGGCUAUUGAUGAACAUAUUACAUAUUAUACAUUCCUUUCAUUUAGGGCUGUAGCUAAAAAAAUAUUUUCAUUAUCGAUAAAUUAACUAUACUCAUUACUUUUGCAAUUAAUCUAUUAUUCAUUUGGUCUAUAAAAUAUCAGAAAACACAGGAAAAAUUCCAUAAUCGCAAAACCCAAGCUGACUUAAUAAAAUUGCUUACUUUGUCUGAUCAACAGCAAAAACAGUACAUUUCUGUAGCUGACUCCUGAAGCACGUCAUCAGUUCAAAAUUAUUUUUAUAAUCAAGUCUCAUAAAAUGAGGAAAAGUAUUGAGCUGAUAAAUGGAUGUUUUUUUGCUGUUAAGGAGGGCUUGGGUUAAGAGAAUGUGCAAUGAUUUUUUGCUACAUUACCAGAUAAAGAAUGUGUGAAUAAACUGUAUUUACUCAUACUGUAUUUACUAUAAUAUUUACUCACUUCUGAUGACAUAAGUUAAAUCUUCUAACAUACCGUUAAUUAUUUGGACAUUAGUAUCUGUAUUUUCACUCUAAGAAAUGUGUAGAACUAACCUGAUAUUUACUCCCUCUCAAAGAAG